CGGAGGUGGCGGCGGGCGGCCGGUGGGGAUGCGCUCGGAAGAGGGGGCCGGAGGCCUGGGCGCAGUCCUUUCUGCGCGGGGCCCGAGCUGGAGGGAGAAACUGUCCGGAGCAGAGACCCAUUUCCGCCGCGAGUCUACGCGGAAUGAGUCGGCGGCGCCCCCGGCCCCGGCCUUAAGUGAGAGCGGGGUCGGCAAGCCUCGCGAGGAGAAGAGGACGGCCCUGAGCAAGGUUGUCCUCCGGCGUCUGCCCCCGGGCCUCACCAAAGAGCAGCUGGAAGAGCAACUGCGUCCUCUACCCGCGCACGAUUACUUCGAGGUGGUGGCUGCGGACCUCAGCCUCUACCCUCACCUCUACUCCAGAGCGUACAUUAAUUUUAGGAACCCUGAUGACAUCCUGCUGUUCAGAGACCGUUUUGAUGGAUACAUCUUCAUUGGCAAUAAAGGCCUGGAGUACCCUGCAGUGGUGGAGUUUGCUCCAUUCCAGAAGAUUGCCAAAAAGAAGGUGAAGAAAAAGGAUGCCAAGACCGGAAGCAUCGAAGACGACCCAGAGUAUAAACAGUUCCUGGAGUCGUACAGCUUGGAGGAAGAAAAGACCAGCGCUAGUCCUGAGACACUGCUGGGAGAGAUAGAGGCGAAGACGAGAGAGUUGCUGGCCAGAAGAACCACACCUCUUUUGGAAUAUAUUAAAAACAGAAAAUUAGAAAAGCAGAGACUCCGGGAAGAAAAACGCGAGGAGCGGAGGAGGAGGGAGCUGGAGAAGAAGCGUCUGCGGGAGGAAGAGAAGAGGAAGCGGAGAGAAGAGGACAGGUGUAAAAGGAAAGAUGCAGAAAAACAGAAGCGAGCGGAGAAGGACGUGAGGAUCAAGCUUCUUAAGAAACUGGAAACGGGAGAAGAAGCGACCACUGAGAAACACAAAGAAAGAGGUGAAGCCGUUGGUGCUGGCGAGGAGAAGCAGGAAGCCCGGCUGGUGGAGAGCCAGCCGGAGACACCUGGGGAGAGGUUACAGGACGGCAGUGAUAAAGAACCAAGGGACAAAAGAUUUCGAGAGAAAGAGCCUGAGACUCCGAGAUGCCAUGACAGUUGCAGAAAGCACAGCACUCACUCAGAGUUUGCCAGGUUUUCCAGAAGGAGCGAGGAGGAGCCAAAGUGGAGGAAAGGCUUCACCCAGGACGGAGGGGAGAGGGGCCAGGACGGGGGCGUCCCUGCGGAUGGCAGAGCAAAGCAGCAAGGAGCACAAGGAGUAUGACAGACGUCUUCCCUGUUGAGGUGUGCGCGGACACAGUGUGCUCUGCCGUCUCACAGCCAUUUUGCCCAAAUAGAAAUCCUUACUAAGCUGGAGGAGAGCAGUCUGCGGUGUGUGCAGUCCAGGGUCGCACUGUCUGUGUCAGCUUGCAUGCCCAUGCGGAAGGAAUUGCAAAGUCCUCGUCUGUUAGGGCAUUCGUGCUCAUCUGGGAUGCACUGAACUUGGAACUAAAUUCAGAAUAAAACAUUCCAUCAUCUUU